AAUCCAUUCAUUCCUUCGUGCGUACAGCUCUGCUUCCACAUUUAGCAUUAACUAGAUCUCUCGUCGUGGUCUAUCCUCUCGCCUUCUCGUCCUUUCAUCCUCAUUACUCCCCUUCAACAAAGAAGCACUAAACUCCUAAACUGCGCCUUUGUCAUACUUUCUUAAAACAAAAACACUAAACCACUCCCCUCACAUACACCUUGUUCACUUGCGCAUUCGACCGACAGUAACCCAUGAAUAUCGUCUUCACAGCUCGAAAGUCGAGCGCAGUCUUCCAGGCGAUUAAGGGCAACUUCACCGGUCCAGAAGAUCUAAACCUCAUUCUUGGAAAAGGGACGCGGAUCGAAGUGUAUAUUAUCGGACGUGAUGGACUCAAGCUGGUUAAGGAGUUUGGGCUUUAUGGCGAAAUCGCCUGCCUCGAGCCUUUUCGACCUCAAGGACAUACGACGGACAUGCUUUUGGUGACGACGACGCACUAUCAAAUGUUGACUCUAUCGCUACGACUGUUGUCUGCUGAGGGAGCGGGAGAAAUAAGCGCCGGCACUCCGCAGUUCAACAUCGUCUCGGACUCGCUUACAGAUCUCAAUGAUCGCCACUCCAGACCCUCUGAGGCUGGCCAGAUCGUGAUCAUUGACCCGACUUCGUCUCUCGUUUGCUGCCAUCUCUACCAAGGGCUGUUAAAGUGCAUCACUGUCAAUCCCAGUACACCUACCCAGUCAGGACCCAAUGGCCAGCCGCAACAACAGUCGUCCUCAGCUCGCAAUAGCACAGCACACUCUUUCCGAUCGAAUGCAAAGGCUGCGGACAAGACCUUUUUGGAGCACUAUAACUUGCCGAUCGAGGAAGUCACAAUCAUGUCGAUGGUCUUUUUAGAUGGCGUCCAACGCCCGACUCUUGCAGUACUGUACCAAGAUAAGAAGGAGGUUCGGCACGUCAAGACAUAUGAGUUUGAUCUGAAAACGAAUGAAAAAUCCGAGACGGGAUGGAUUCAAAGCGGUCUAAGUGGAGCAAGGGCCUGCAUCGCAGUACCAUCGCCUAUUGGCGGAUUCCUUGUGGUCGGCGAGUACUCGAUUUCAUACUUCAACCCUGCACAGCUUGCUGCUCCUCACUCAAUCACUAUCAAUGCGACGAUCAUGCAAUGCCAUAACCGCGUGGAUGACCAAGGAAUCCGUUACCUCCUUGGUGACCAUAAGGGCAUGCUUUACAUCCUGGUGCUGAUCUUAAACAAUUCGUCCGGGUCCUCUUCCUCACACUCGAGCCGCCCCUUCCAAGUGGUGGACCUCAAGUUUGAAUGCCUGGGUACAACAUCCAUCCCUGAGGCAAUCGUCUAUCUCGACAACGACCAUGUCUUUGUAGGAUCGCACUUGGGCGAUUCGCAGCUAGUCUUGCUGCACACGGAAGCGGAUCAGAAUGGCGAAUAUUUGGAAAUCAUGGAGACGUUUACCAACAUUGCACCCGUUGCUGAUUUUGAUGUCGUCGACCUGGAAGGCCAAGGCCAGGGUCAAAUUGUGGCAUGCUCAGGAGCAUUUAAGGAUGGCUCCCUACGGAUUGUUCGAAACGGCGUCGGUAUCAAUGACCGCGCAGUACUGGAACUUCCGGGAAUCAAGGGUCUCUGGUCGUUGAAGGAAGGUUUAGAGGCGACAUCGGAAGAUACACUUGUCAUGAGCUUCCUAAACUCAACGCGAGUGGUUCGUGUUACCCCAGAUGCAGAAAUGGUGCAGGAAGAGAUGGAGGGAUUCCUGAACGAGUCGCAAACCUUGUUGAGUGGCAAUGUUCAGGCAAACCUGAUCCUUCAAGUCACUCCAGAGUCCGUUCGUCUGAUCGCGCCGUCACGACAUAUCCAGACUGGCUUGAUCUCUGAAUGGAAUCCGCCAAACGGACAAGUUGUCUCUAUGGCAUCCAUGAAUGGAACCCAGUGCUUGGUAGCGGUCGGCGGCAAGACACUUGUUUACUUGGACGUCGGAUCGGAGGCCAUUCACGAAGUUGGCCGCAGGACGUUUGAGAACGAGAUUGCUUGUGUCGAUGUGACCUCCAUCGAUUCUGCUAACCCCCAUACUUCUCAGGUUUGUGCAGUGGGAUUGUGGACGGAUAUCAAGGUUAUCCUGGUUCGCCUACCUACGAUGGAGAUUCUCUCUAGUCAUGAUCUGCCUGGCGAGAUUCUUCCUCGCUCAUUGCUCUUUUCAAGAUUUGAAGGCGUACCAUAUCUCCUGGCGGGGCUCGGUGACGGGCAGCUUCUGACGUUUAUUUUGGAUGCCGCUUUGAGCACGCUCCCGACUCCAAAACGCAUUUCGCUUGGCACGCAACCGAUCAUGUUGCGUCAUAUCUCGCCUAACCAGGGCGGAAAUGGAACAGGAGGGGCAUCGAGCCAUGUAUUUGCCUGCAGUGACCGACCGACAGUGAUUUACAGCUCCAAUCGCAAGCUGUUGUACUCAAAUGUUAACCUGAAGCAGGUUGCCACAGUCGCGUCAUUCAACUGUGAGGUGUUUCCAAACGCGUUAGCAAUUGUUGGAUCGGACGAGGAGGGAGUCCUGCGGAUCGGGAGCAUUGAUGAGUUCCAGGAGCUGCAUGUCCAAACGUUCCCGAUCCACGAGAGCCCACGACGGAUCGCAUAUCUAGCCUCGAGGAAGUGCUUUGGAGUGCUUUCGAUCCGGAUCAUGAAUGAGGAACCUGAGGCGGUGGGUAGUUCCAGAGUCGUGACAUGUGAUGAGGAAGAGGUUGGGUUUGUGCGACUCCAUGACGACCAGACCUUUGAUAUGCUGCAUUCAUAUGAGCUGCAGAGGGACGAGGCGCCUCAGUGUAUUGCGGCUGUGACAUUUGCUGGAGGCUCAACGAGCUACAUUGCGGUUGGAACUGCAGAUUCUGUCUCUGAAGGAGUUCCUAGCAAGGGUCGUAUCUUGAUUCUGGAGGUUUCGGAGAACAGUCAGCUCAAGCUGGUAACCGAACUGGAAGUCAAGGGAGGGGUGAUGUCGAUCAAAGAAUUUCAGGGAAAGCUGCUAUGCGGGAUCAAUGAGCGAUUGUGCCUUUAUUCAUGGAAUCCGUCUGAGAAGCUGACGACGGAUUCCUUGCUCAAACAGGAGUGUUCUCAUCGCGGAUUUAUUAUGAUCCUGUCGUUGGCGAUCCAUGGAGAGUUCAUUGUGGCGGGCGAUCUGAUCCGGAGCAUGACGCUUCUGCGGUACACGGACAAUAACAUUGUGGAGAUUGCGAGGGAUCGAUGCAUGGAUAUGCUGACGGCGCUGGAGGCGAUUGAUGAUGAGACGUUUAUUGCGGCGAAUAAUGCGUCGAGUAUCUUUACGCUGGUGAAGAACACAGAGACAACAAACGAGGAUGAGGCGAAGCGUUUGCAAUGGUCUGGAGGAUGGCAUCUUGGGGACCAGAUCAACCGGUUCAAGCAUGGUUCUUUGGUGAUGACGAACCAAGAGGGUGAUGCGCCUGCGGUCCCGAAACUGUUGUUUGCGACCGUCAGCGGAGCGAUUGGCGUUGUUGCGACGCUGACACCGGAGAAAUACGAGCUACUCCGUCGUCUAGAAAGCAACAUGUCGAAAGUAAUCAAGGGCGUCGGCGGACUCGAUCAUGCCUCAUGGAGGCAGUUCAGAAGCGAUGCGAGGACACUGCCGUCGACGAAUUUUGUGGACGGGGAUUUGAUAGAGCUGUUCCUGGAUUUGAGCCAGGACGAGAUCAAUGAUGUUCUUGAAGGGCCCGAGGACGGUGAGCCGAUCAAGGUCCCAGUGGAGGAGAUCACCAAGCUCGUCGAAGAGCUUUCCCGGCUUCAUUAGAACCCGAACUAUAUCGUUAACCGACAUUUUCUCUUUUUCUCUGGGUCACACGUUGAUACAAAUAAAUAUAAAAAAAC